AUGGCUGCUACGACCGUCGCAUUCAUGCGAACACCCCCUAGCCGUUCCUCCAGAUACUUUGAAUCUAUCUUUGUAACCGGAACAGCUUCCUGCCGAGUUAGUCUAGCGCCGUUUCGCCUUCCUCAGAAUUCAUUGCAGUCGAAACCGAAGCGCGGUGCUGCGCGAAAGUCAGACCAAAGAGGUCGGCAACGCGGCGGCGCCGUUACUGCUCAAGCUUUCAUUGACUGGACUGCCGUUCCAGCGUGGCUGGUUAAAGUCCUUGCAGAACGCGUGUACCCCUCGAACCCCUGUGGGCCCGGCAAGUACCUGGACCCCAACGCCCAAGCAUGUGUGUACAUCUGCAAGCCGGGGUACUCAUACGACUACGACACCAAGUCGUGCGUGCGCAUCAUGCCAGCGUGCGGUGAGGGUUAUGUGCUCAAAGGGGGCCGCUGUGUGCCCAACCACGAGUGCGACCAGGGCUACUCGUAUGACGCGUCACUGGACGCCUGUGUGCUUCCCCAGGGUUCUUUCCAUGAGCCCAAGCGUACAUGGUGGCAGCAGGCAGUGGCUUGGGCAGCAGGAAAAGUUUUGAAGACGGAUGACAACAGCUGCCCGGCCGGGUUUUACUACGACCCUAACACGACGGCGUGCGUGCCGGUGUGUGCUCCGGGGUUCAUGUACGACCGUGAGCUGAAGAAGUGUGUUCCUUCGGAAGAUACCGUGUUUUGA